AAUGCCCACUCAUUAAAGUCACUCCUCUCUUCUGGCUCUCUCUCUCUCUCUCUCCACGAAACCACCCACAACCUCUUCUCUGAUUCCCACAGCAAUGUCCCAAAACUUCCUCUUCUUGUUCAUCACUUUCCUCUUUUUCAAUCUUCUGCCCGUACAUUCAGCCAUCCCUGACCCGGACCCGUUAACUAUCCAGACUUUCUUACCCGCUCCAUCACCUCCAGCAACCAUCCCAGCCUUUCCAGAGCAAUUAGACGUUUCAGGAUGCCCUCUAGACCUCUCCGACGAGCUCUUCCACGGCGUCAAAGCCGCGUGCAGCGUCAAAAAGGGUCGACCAGGACAAUACUAUUCGAGUCAGCUGCAUCGUACCCGGUGCUGCCCCGUUCUUGCAGCCUGGCUCUAUUCAGCCUACUCCAAAACCGCCUUAGAAAGACCGAACAAGACCCCAGAAACGGCGUCGUAUGAAAUGCCUCUCUUGCCUGAUGAUUCCGAGACCUGUGUUGACAGCCUCGAGAAGGCUUUGGAAAACAAAGGGAUAGAAUUGGUGAAGCCCAAUGAGACCUGUGAUGUAGUGUACUGUUAUUGUGGCAUUAGGCUACACCCAUUGAGCUGCCCAGACGCUUUCUAUGUCUCUUCUACAGGGAAAUUGGCCCGUAAAGAGAGUGUUAAGAGGUUAGAGAGUGAUUGUUUGAGUAAUGGUGAAAAUGGGUUUGUGGGUCUUGGUGGGUGUUCCAAGUGCUUGAACAGUCUUUAUCUGCUGAAAGAGGAGAAAUAUAGCAACACCAGCAAAUCAGAUGAGAGGACAACUAAAAUGCACAACAGAGAUUGUGAGCUGAUGGGUCUAACAUGGCUUCUUGCCAAGAACCGAUCUGCCUACAUUCACACGGUUUCUGCAGUCUUGAGAGCUAUCAUGAUGACCACAGACGGUUCUGAUCCUCAGGCAUGCAAUCUCAACAGCGAUGGCAUGCCCCUAGCCGUCGACUCUUCUGAAAUUAACGAUCAAUCUUCAUCAAAUAUUCUGCGAUCAUCGGUCCAUCUCCUUAUCCUAUCUCUCUCAUUGUUAUACGACCCCAUUGUGUGAUCCACCAAUUUUUAGUUAAGAGUGUAGUCAUUGAAAUCUGUAUUGAAAUGUGACUCAAAAUUGUUUGUUUUGAUGGGGACCUCCUCAAACAUGUGCUGAUGGAAGUACUGCUUUGUCUGGGUGAGGCAAAUAUUUUGGUAAGGUCAAUUAUUUGAUGGCAUUAUUUCAAGGCAGCAUAUUGGAGCAUAGUACUCUUCUAGUGCCUCGCUGGAAAAUCUGUGAAAUGUCUACGUCUUGUCAGGCAUCUUUAGCAUUUCUAGCAAGUAAAAGAGAUGAAAAAGAAAAAACAAAGUGGCUUCCAAUCUGGCUGCCAUGGUGGAUAACAUGUUUCUGAUACUUUAUAUGUAGUGGGUCAGGUCAGCAUCGAAGUCUACAAUGUAUUCUUUC